AUGUCGAUCGCGGAUGGCAGCCCUUUACCUGCCAUGGACGAAACUGAGAAGAAAGUGGUGAAUGAAUUUUGUCAUCUGCUGGAGAAAUCAAAGCAACUAUUCAACGGACUUCGAGACCUACCUCAGUAUGGUCACAAGCAAUGGCAGUCUUACUUUGGGCGCACAUUUGAUGUGUAUACAAAACUUUGGAAAUUCCAGCAGCAGCAUAGACAAAUUCUGGAUACCAAGUAUGGUCUGAAACGAUGGCAAAUAGGAGAGGUAGCUUCAAAGAUAGGACAGCUGUAUUACCACUACUAUUUGCGGACCAGUGAGACCAACUACCUGAAUGAGUCGUUCAGCUUUUACUCGGCCAUCCGUAUGCGUGUCUACUACUCUAAGGCUAACAAGGAGGAGAGGUAUGGGCCUGACCUGAUGGUGAAGAAACUGAGGUACUACGCACGUUUCAUUGUAGUCUGUCUCCUGCUGAAGAAGAUGAAGCUUGUACGAGAUCUUGUUCGGGAAUUGUCUAAACAAAUAGAUGACUACACAUCCACAUAUGAACCCGAGGACAAAGGCGAGUGGAGACAGGUGUUAGACGAGAUCAAGGCCUUUAUAGAGGCUGACAACAUCAUCAGUGUGGUUGAUAUAGACUCCUCCUCCAUCGUACUGUCACACAGACUCACCCCGAUGAACAACACACCUCUUGAUCCAAAGGGUACACCUGUAUACCUGUCACUUCAGGAGAUACUGAUUGUAGGAAACUCAUCUGAGCAGGUGAAGUUCAGUGAGUUAACAUUGGACAUGUUCCGCAUGCUACAGACCCUUGAGCGAGAACCACAAGAGGAUUUGUCCAAUCAAAUCUACGACGCUUCCCCAGCACCAGGCAAACCGCCUUUUGUACGUCCACACACCUAUGAGAAUGGUGACAGGAACAAUAGACGAGAGAACCCCCACAAGUACCUGUUGUACAAACCCACGUUUAGCCAGCUCAACACAUUUCUUGCCUCAGGAUUCAAGGAGCUCCCACCUAAUGGUGCCAUGCUGUUGUACAUAUCAGCUGAUGGUUGUCUUGGCAAUGCCAAACGUAAUGACGAUGAAAUGCCAUUGUUUGUAGAAAUGCCAUUGCUUGUAGUCAAAGUUUUGUGUUCAUCUUCAGAAAUGCCAUUGUUUGUAGACAAAGUUUUGUGUUCAUCUUCAGAAAUGCCAUUGUUUGUAGACAAAGUUUUGUGUUCAUCUUCAGAAAUGCCAUUGUUUGUAGACAAAGUUUUGUGUUCAUCUUCAGAAAUGCCAUUGUUUGUAGACAAAGUUUUGUGUUCAUCUUCAGAAAUGCCAUUAAAUGCCAUUGUUUGUAGACAAAGUUUUGUGUUCAUCCUAAAAAUGCCAUUGUUUGUAGACAAAGUUUUGUGUUCAUCUUCAGAAAUGCCAUUGUUUGUAGACAAAGUUUUGUGUUCAUCUUCAGAAAUGCCAUUGUUUGUAGACAAAGCUUUGUGUUCAUCUUCAGAAAUGCCAUUGUUUGUAGACAAAGUUUUGUGUUCAUCUUCAGAAAUGCCAUUGUUUGUAGACAAAGUUUUGUGUUCAUCUUCAGAAAUGCCAUUGUUUGUAGACAAAGUUUUGUGUUCAUCUUCAGAAAUGCCAUUGUUUGUAGACAAAGCUUUGUGUUCAUCUUCAGAAAUGCCAUUGUUUGUAGACAAAGUUUUGUGUUCAUCUUCAGAAAUGCCAUUGUUUGUAGACAAAGUUUUGUGUUCAUCUUCAGAAAUGCCAUUGUUUGUAGACAAAGUUUUGUGUUCAUCUUCAGAAAUGCCAUUGUUUGUAGACAAAGUUUUGUGUUCAUCUUCAGAAAUGCCAUUGUUUGUAGACAAAGUAUUGUGUUCAUCUUCAGAAAUGCCAUUGUUUGUAGACAAAGUUUUGUGUUCAUCUUCAGAAAUGCCAUUGUUUGUAGACAAAGUUUUGUGUUCAUCUUCAGAAAUGCCAUUUCUACACCCAGGAGAUGUGUACCCCUACUGUCGUAAACCAAUGUUUCUCAUCAUAGAUAGUGAUAACAGCUCGGCAUUCCAGAAUUUCCCCAAUUUGUUUGGGCAGCCUGUGGUAUGUCUGCUGUCUCAGGAACAGGUCCCAACUACAAUGCAGGACCAUCAGAAGGGCAACCUGUUCACACUGUUUCUGCACUCACCACUGAUGGCCUUCUGUUACGUGUGUAAUAUAAAUGACAUUCCCAUCACCAAGUGGGAGAAGUGUCAAGGUCAAAUCGACAAGUUCAUGUCUGAAGCAUCAAAACUCUUUCUUAGAUCCAGGUCACUCGAUCACUCGUACCUACAGUUUAUAGGAGAUGACUUCCUGCGAUUGUUAAUGUUCCGGUUUGUGUUCUGUUAUAUAGUCCUCAUACUUCACAGAGGAUUCAAGGGUCCUAGCUACUUCCCGAUGUCUCACCCACCCCUGCCUACAGAGGAGAUUCUAGAACAUCCUAAUCUGUACAAGGUCGUUCUGGACUUAGCUACCAUCCUCAACUCACGCAUGCAGUUUGCAGAACCAGGCGAGGGAGAUAUACAUGCGACGUAG